AUGGCCUCGCCGAGAAGCGCGCUUAACCUGGCGCCGCGGGCGGCCUCUCCCGCCCCAGGCCAGCCGCGGUCCUUCUCCUCGUCGCUGCCCAGAGACGAGCUGACGGCCCGCCUCGCCGAACCGAUCCCCUCCUCAUCGCCGGCCCGAACUGGCUCGCCGCUGCCCGGCCUAAGAUCACCUGAAAACAACGACUCGCCAUUCACGGGCGGCUCCUAUUCUCAAGGACCGGGCGUCUCUGCCUUGGCUGCCGCCCUGUCCAACUCGCUCGGGCAGUCACCGCCUCGUCAUGGCACGCCCGCGGCGCGCCUAAGCACACCGCCGAGAACGCAAUCGCCCGCGCCCGGACCACGCCCGGACACACCCACCAACUACGGCUCGUUCGACUCAAGAAAACCGUACGAGGACCCGGAGAUUGUGAAGCGCCAUCUGGUCCAACCCAGCGAUGCCGAGAACCCGCCCUCAGAAGAAUCGUCCACUGCGGGGACCGCCAGGGGCAAGCAGCCCGUCGAUCCCAAUGCAGGCCUCGAUGAUGAGGAGUUCUCGAGCUUACGUUUGCAGGGAGGAGACGUCACGAGAGGCAUCUACAAGUGGACGGAGCAAGCAGAGGCUAAGAACCGGCUCCAGCGCAGCAAGAGCUUUGAGCAGGCGCGGCCAGAGCCCGAGACUGAGGUCUUGGACAUCAGCAGCAUAAAGGUACCUGGAGGCUUCCGAAGAGACCACCUCCGCCGCAACGCGAUGAGCCCUAGCGGACUUGCCGACCGCGUCGACCACGGCCACGACUCGCCGCCGCAUACCGAGCCGCGGCUGUUCACCUCCAGCUUCCUCGAGUUCCUGACCAUCUACGGCCACUUCGCCGGUGAAGAGCUCGAGGAGGAUGACGAGGCCCUUGGCCCCAACGAGGAAUUCUGGUCUGGCGAGGACUACGAAGGAGGCAGCGAUGACGGCAGGGAACCCAUGGAAGACAGCGCCCUGCUGGGCCCGUCCAAAAAGCGGCGCAAGCGCAAGGUGCGAGGUGGCAGUGGCCAGAACAGCCCGAUGAACGCCGCGCUGCUGCUGCUCAAGUCGUUUGUGGGCACUGGCGUGCUUUUCCUUCCCCGAGCGUACCUCAACGGAGGCAUGCUCUUCAGCAACCUCGUGCUCUUUGGCGUCGCCGGCCUCAGCUACUACGCCUUUGUGCUGCUCGUGACGACGCGGCUGAAGGUCGAGGGGUCAUUCGGUGACAUGGGAGGCAUCCUCUACGGCAAGUGGCUGCGGACUCUAAUUCUCUCCUCCAUUGUCAUCAGCCAAAUUGGGUUCGUGGCCGCCUAUACCGUCUUCACCGCCGAGAACCUCCAGGCCUUUAUCCACGCCGUCUCCGACUGCAAGAGCUCCAUCAGCAUCCCGGUCCUCAUCCUGAUGCAGAUGGUCAUUUUCUUGCCCUUUUCGUUGCUGCGAGAUAUCGGCAAGCUGGGGUUCACGGCACUCAUCGCCGACGCCUUCAUCUUGAUUGGACUGGCAUACCUAUUCUACUAUGAUGUGCUCACGCUCAGCACCGAGGGGCUUGCGGACAUCAUCAUGUUCAACAAAAAGGACUGGACGCUCUUCAUCGGCACCGCCAUCUUCACGUUUGAGGGAAUCGGCCUCAUCAUCCCCAUCCAGGAGUCGAUGAAGCACCCGACCAAGUUCCCGCGCGUCCUGUUCCUCGUCAUGAUCAUUAUCACGGUCGUCUUCAUCACCAUGGGAGCGAUCUCGUACGCUGCGUACGGGUCCAAGACGGAGACGGUGGUGCUGCUGAACCUGCCGCAGGAGAAUAGGCUGGUCAACGGAGUGCAGCUUCUGUACUCGAUGGCCAUCUUGCUGUCGACGCCGCUCCAGAUCUUCCCGGCGAUCCGUAUCGUCGAGACGGAGCUGUUUACGCGGAGCGGUAAGUACAAUCCGUACAUCAAGUGGCAGAAGAACGUCUUCCGCUUCUUCGUGGUGAUGCUCUGCGCGGCGAUUGCAUGGGGUGGCGCGGACCACCUCGACAAGUUCGUGGCGCUCGUGGGCAACUUUGCCUGCAUCCCGCUGGUCUUCAUUUAUCCGGUAAGUCCUGUAUCGCCACUGCUGCAUUACCGAGCCGUCGCGCGGACUAGGGGAUGGAAGAUGGCGGACGUUGCCUUGUGUAUCUUUGGCUUUGUGGCCAUGGCGUAUGCGACGAGCUUGACGGUUGUGAGCUGGGCGAACUCGGAGCCCAAACCGCCGGGCUAUUGCGAGAGAAGAGGCGGCGCGUUUGGGUGCUUCUGUGUCGAGACUGGGUUUACUGCGAAGACUGUCGUUUUUUCUUUUGAGCAUCAUAUCAUACCUACAGCGCUGCCGGCCCUCGGUACUAACGAUGGGGCAACAUCGGCGGCGCUGCUGUCUCCUGGAGGUGCAUGUUGCGCUCGGCACAUAGAAGCAAUAGGAAGUGGCUCAGGGCCAGGUUGUAAGAACAGAAGGGUUGACGAAGAUGGCACUCAACGUGCCUAG